AUGAAUGCCGUCGAUGCAUCGUCGCAUGAAGAGAUCGCCGACAGCGCCGAGGCUCCCGCUCUGCUGACCAUCAUCCUCGACACCAAUCCACACGCCUGGGGCUUACUCUCUUCAACCCUCCCUCUGUCCACCUUGGUCGCAAACCUCCUAGUCUUCAUCAACGCUCACCUGGCCAUCAACAAUUCCAAUCAAGUCGCCGUAGUCGCCUCACAUUCAGACAGCGCCCGCUUCCUAUACCCGACCACCCAUGACGACCUCAAAGUGCCACACGCCGGCGACAUUCAGAAUGACGCCAACAAGUACCGCCCCUUUGCGCAGUUGGAGAAGGCCCUGACUACCAAUCUGCGCGCUCUGCUACAAACAACUACCCCCGAGCACCUCAAGCAAUCCACAUCAACAAUGCUGUCUGGCGCCUUGACCCUCGCUCUCACCUACAUGGCCAAAGCCACCUUGAACGAUCCAGCAAGAGCAGGAGACGGCGCCUACGAUCAGACAAACACUGCCGGUACCUUUACAACCUCGACUGCAGACGGCACAUCACAGCCCAGCCACACGGGUCUCCAAAGCCGCAUCCUGAUCCUCAGUGUCAGCGGUGAUAUUGCAGACCAAUACAUCCCCAUCAUGAACACCAUCUUUGCUUGCCAACGCCUCGCCAUACCCAUCGACAUCUUGACACUGUCUGCCCACUCGAACGCAGAGUUCUUGCAGCAGGCUGCCGAUGCGACAGGAGGUGUCUACAUGGCUCUGGGUGAUCGCGUGGCUGGUCUACUGCAAGUCCUCAUGAUGGGAUACCUCCCAGAUGCCACUGCACGACAAAACCUUGUCAAAGCUGGCGAGACCGAAGGCGUAGAUUUCCGCGCUGCCUGCUUCUGCCACCGCAACGUUGUUGAUUUGGGAUAUGUGUGCAGUAUUUGCUUAUCCAGUAUGUUUUGUCCUUCCCACUUCAAAACUAUUUAUCUAGCUAACACAUGUGACUUUUANGUCUUUUGCCAACCGCCUCCUGAUAAUAUUUGCCUUACUUGCGGUACAGCAUUGUCAUUAUCAGGCCAUGCUGCCAAACCGGUGGUAAUUCCUCGUAAAAAGAAGAAGAAGAGAAAGCUUGAUGGGACUACGCCUGCAGACUCGCCUACUCCGGGUCCUGAUACACCUAGAUGA